GGCGUCCUGGGCGCGUUAAAGCACAAAGCACCCCGCUUCUUGGGCCGAGUCCCUGAGGCCCGACGCUCCCCUCCGCGCCCCCACCUGUUGGACAGCAUCCCCGAGCUCCUCCUAGCCCAAGUGCUUUGCAAACCGCCAGCGGACACCCAGAGGCCUCGGAAUGUGACGGCCGACCAUAAAUAUGCAGCAGAGAUGGAGCCCCAGUAGCGGACACACGGGGCCGGGCCCCGCGGGGGUCGGGGACCUGGAGCCCGGCCCCCGCCGCCGUGGUCGCGCGGCCACUGCCAAGACCGGGCCGGCGGCGCCAACUCACUCCGGGCACCGAGCCUGCAAAAGGGGCCCCGGGCCGGCGGCCGGACACCUCGCAGACGGCGGGCAGCGGGCACAGCGGCCGGCGCCCCGGGGCUCCUCGGCGGAUCCUCCACCCGCCGCCGCCGCCGCCGCCGCCGGCGCGGAGCCCCGGAGGCGCCCGCUCUCCCCGGCCGCACGACCGGGCAGCAUGGAGCCCGGCGCGGGGCCCCGGACCACGGAGCCCGCGCGCCACGGCGAGGUCCGGAAAAAGAUGGCGGCCGCCGUGGCGGCGGCGGCGGCGGCCGCAGCUUCGUACGCGCCGCUGACGCCAAUGGCGCGCGCCGGCAGACGGGCCGCGGAUGGCGGCGGCGGCGGCGGCGGCGGCGGCGGCCCGGGCUCCGGAGAGGGGCGGGGCGAGGCGGGAAGGGGGCUGGCCGGAGGCGGAGGCCGGCUGGCUGGCUGGAGGGAGGCGGCGGGGUUAGUUUGCUCUCGGAACAUGGCGGGCGUCGGCGACGCGGCCGCCCCGGGAGAAGGCGGCCGCGGUGGCGCGGACGGCCCGGAGCGCGACGGUCGCGGCCAGGCGGAGCAGCCGGGCGGCGGCGGCGGCGGCGGCCACGGGCCCCCGCUGGCGCCUCAGCACACGGAGACGCUGGGCUUCUACGAGAGCGACCGGCGGCGGGAGCGGCGUCGCGGCCGCGCAGAGCUUUCAUUGUUGAGGUUCCUCAGUGCCGAACUUACAAGAGGGUACUUCCUCGAACAUAACGAGGCCAAGUAUACAGAAAGAAGAGAAAGAGUGUACACUUGUAUGCGAAUACCAAGAGAAUUGGAAAAGCUCAUGGUUUUUGGCAUCUUUCUGUGCCUGGAUGCAUUUCUGUACGUGUUCACCCUGCUUCCCUUGAGAGUGUUCCUGGCUCUCUUCAGGCUCUUCACGCUGCCUUGCUACGGCUUAAGGGACAGGCGCUUGCUGCAGCCAGCCCAGGUGUGUGACAUUUUGAAGGGCGUCAUUUUGAUCAUUUGCUAUUUUAUGAUGCACUAUGUCGACUACUCCAUGAUGUACCACCUGAUCAGGGGGCAGUCGGUCAUCAAGCUCUACAUCAUCUACAACAUGCUCGAGGUAGCAGAUCGUCUGUUUUCAUCAUUUGGCCAAGAUAUAUUAGACGCUCUCUACUGGACAGCGACAGAGCCGAAGGAGAGGAAGAGAGCCCACAUCGGGGUGAUCCCUCACUUCUUCAUGGCUGUUCUCUACGUCUUUCUGCAUGCAAUUCUUAUAAUGGUGCAAGCGACGACUCUCAAUGUGGCGUUCAACUCGCACAACAAGUCGCUGCUCACCAUCAUGAUGUCGAAUAAUUUUGUUGAAAUUAAAGGAAGUGUUUUCAAGAAGUUUGAAAAGAACAAUCUUUUUCAGAUGUCAAAUAGCGAUAUUAAAGAGCGAUUUACAAAUUAUGUGCUUUUGCUAAUAGUCUGUCUAAGAAACAUGGAACAGUUUUCUUGGAAUCCAGAUCAUCUCUGGGUGUUAUUUCCAGAUGUCUGUAUGGUGAUUGCAUCAGAAAUUGCUGUGGAUAUUGUAAAGCACGCUUUCAUCACCAAGUUCAAUGACAUUACUGCAGAUGUCUACAGUGAAUAUAGAGCCAGCCUUGCUUUUGACCUUGUUAGCAGUCGACAGAAAAACGCGUACACUGACUACAGCGACUCCGUGGCGCGGAGGAUGGGCUUCAUCCCUCUUCCACUGGCUGUCUUGCUCAUCAGAGUUGUAACAAGCUCAAUUAAAGUGCAAGGAAUCCUGUCUUAUGCCUGUGUCAUACUCUUCUAUUUUGGGUUGAUAUCCCUGAAAGUGCUGAAUAGCAUUGUGCUAUUGGGGAAGUCCUGCCAAUAUGUGAAGGGGGCCAAAAUGGAAGAGAAGCUGUUCAACCCUCCCCCCACCGGCACUCCCAGCAAACCGCCUGGGAAACCGCAGAGCAAGUGUAAACCCUCUCCAGAAGAAAACCUGUCUGCCUCCGUCACCAGCCAGCCCAGCCAUCAGAAGGACAACGUGGUGCCGCUGCUCGUGACGAGCAGUUCUGACCAGUUCCUGACGACCCCCGACGGCGACGAGAAGGACAUAGCGCAGGAGAACUCGGAACUGAAGCACAGGUCCUCCAAGAAAGACCUCUUGGACAUAGACAGGUUCACGAUCUGCGGGAACCGGAUUGACUGAGCUCCGCGGCGCCGCGUGCCGAGCGCCGGGCCCUGGGGCGGCCGGGCUGCGCUGCUGGGCGGACAGAUGCGGAAAGUGGCACUUAAAUAUUUAUUUAAAAACUUAAAUUAUUAAUGGAAAGCAAAUCUUAGUAUCUUUCUUCCAGUGAUGUGGUCUGGUCGAAGGUCAGGUCAUGGACCAGCAGCCACCUCCAGCCUGGACCUUUGAGGGUCCCCCCUGCUUGGAGAAGCAGCAGGGUCACUUGCGGCCCCACGGGAACCACCUCAGAACCACUCUGCUCUGUCAGUCCGUGCUUCCAGAACACCGAAUUCGGCCCCAGGUCCCUCCAGUAGGAGGGCACGCACCUGGGAAACUGUGACGCUUUUGCCGAGACGUGGCCUGUCCCGGCUCAUGCAAUUUCCACGAACCGUUUUCAAGCUACUUGCUCUGCCAAAGCAUUUAAAAAAAGUAAUUGAACUCAAGUCAAGAUAAAUGUCCUCACCACAGAAUUAUCCUUGAAGAUGUAUCUGAAUUAUUCAGAAUAAAAGGCUACCUUAAGUAAGACAUGGUGAAUAGUAGCGUUUUAUAGGGGGAAAAAAGCCCUAAGCCAGUUUGUCUUAUUUAAAAAAUAUUAAUCAAUGAAGGUUAUGCAUCACCAAGAAAAUGUUUCAUAAUUUUUCAGUUUACUCUAAAGCAAAAUGUGACCUGUGUGUCGUUUAAUCGCAGUGGAUGAAAUAGAAAUUACCUUACAAAAAGGUACUUUUUAUACUGAAAAAGCAGAGCAGUGUCCAUGUCAAUGGACAGCCAACUGGUCUCGCUCUAAAACUAAGUGCUUCGGCAGUUGUUACAGUUCAGAGGAUUUGGUGUUGGACAGGCUGCAGAGCUGUCCGUGUACAAAAUGCAGAGAUGCUGACUGUGACCUUAGCUUUCUGAGUGACAGGUUUAAAGUAAACAGUGAAGUGGGCUGAGCGGCAUCGUCUGGCGUGGGCUCACCCAGUGCAUUAAUCCUUCCGUGUGGAGUGGCCAGGGGGUGCUGUGCCUGCCCCCGGGGCCGGUCUGUGCUCUGUGGGGCCCGGUCUGCGUGGGGACGUGUGACUGUCCCGUGUGCCUGUUGGGGGCAGGGCAGGCGCGUGUUGGGAGAGAGGAGAUGGGGUAUCCGGGGUGUGUGGGUGGCUGUCUGAGGCUCUUGUGUAUGGAUGUCAGGAACAGCAACCAAAAGGUGCUUUUUGGUUCCAGGUCAGGAUUCCAUGUCUGCUUACUUACCAGUUUGUGGCCUGUAUCAUAAGCAGGUUAUUUUCCACCACAUUUUAUCUUGAGAAGCCUUUCUGCAUCUUUCUGAACAUUUCACAGCAUCUAAUGCCAGAGUGUCCGGGGGUCACUGUUAACUGUUGUUCCCUUCAAUGUUUUCAUUGUGAAGCUCCUCAGCUCCUCUGCCGAUGUUGCAGGCGUAGGGUACGCAGAGGUCUGUGUUCGGUGGUUGUUUCCUGGGUGAAACGCAAACAGGCUUGAGUAAAGCUUUGUCUUGUUUAUUCGAUGCACAAAAGUGAUUUCCUAAUGUUUUGCAUUAACUAAAGAAAUCUAAAGAUUAGUGUUCACAUCGGGUAAAAGGAAAUAGUACAGAAAUGCUUUUGUUGGCCAUGACGUAUUUCAAGUGAAAAAUGAAAAGACUAUUAAUUGCUUUGUCUAUGUUUUAAUGACGCCCCAGUUUAGGAUUUUUUUUUCAUGUUCUUCACUAAAAGUGUCCAUGGUGAAUAGGAAUAGUUUUGGGGAAAAACUUUGCCAAACGUAGCCCUAACCAGAGCAAAAGUAUGAUGGUGGCAUAUCUUUCAGUUCAGCCCGAAUUACUCUGUUACUGUGCUGUCAAUUUCACAAGAGUUUCCUUUCCUUCACAGAAGAUACUGGGAGUUUGGAAUGAUGUUCAUUUCUGCUGUCAAAAUGGCAUUCAGUACUAAUUUUAUAAGUGCAUCUUGUGUGAAACUCAAUAAAUUCAAUUUUGUAAUCUUU